UUCGAGUCACUAAUCCUAAUCGAUGGAUAAAUCAAAAACCAGCCAUUGAAGUUCAUUUUCUUACGUAGCCUUAAAUAUAAAGCCUAGAACCUUCCUCAAAUCCAAAAACCCAAAUUUAUAUAUAUUUUUUAAAAAAAUUUCCUCACACCCCGGGUUCUCAUUUUCAUUUUCAAUUUCCCCCCCUCUUCUAAAUAAGGCUUUUAUUCAAUUUUUUUCCCCAUUUCUCAAACCCUAAAAUUAAUCAAACGAUUUUAACAUGGCGGAGCACUUGGCUUCGAUCUUCGGCACCGAGAAGGACCGCGUGAAUUGCCCAUUCUACUUCAAGAUCGGCGCGUGUCGCCACGGCGAUCGUUGCUCUCGCCUCCACAACCGACCGACGAUCUCUCCGACCUUGCUUUUGUCGAACAUGUACCAACGACCCGACAUGAUCACGCCGGGCGUGGACGCCCAGGGUCAAACCAUCGACCCGCGCAAGAUCCAAGAGCACUUCGAGGAUUUCUACGAGGACAUCUUCGAGGAACUCAGCAAGUUCGGCGAGAUCGAGAGCCUUAACGUUUGCGACAACCUCGCCGACCACAUGAUCGGCAACGUGUACGUUCAGUUCAAGGAAGAAGACCAAGCCGCCUCGGCUUUACAGGCCUUACAGGGCCGGUUCUAUUCGGGUCGACCCAUUAUCGCCGAUUUCUCACCGGUGACCGAUUUUCGCGAAGCCACAUGUCGGCAAUUCGAGGAGAAUAACUGUAACCGAGGUGGGUACUGCAAUUUCAUGCACGUGAAGCUGAUUGGGAGAGAAUUGAGGAGGAAGCUGUUUGGGAGGUACCGUGGGUAUAGGGUUAGCCGGAGCCGGAGCCGGAGUUCGAGCCCGCUGCGGCACCGGAGGGAUCACGAUAGGCGUGAGAGGGAUUCUAGGGACCGUGAUUAUCGCGGAAAUGGGCGAUCCAGCAAGGACAGGUAUGAUAGGCAUGAUAGAGCUGAUAGGCACGAAAGAGAUGGGUCUAAGAGAAGAUAUGGGAGUCCUAAGCGGAGCAGGAGUCCUGUUAGGGACGGAAGCGAGGAGCGCCGAGCUAGAAUUGAGCAGUGGAAUCGAGAAAGGGAGGAGAGGGAGUGAUAUGAUGUAUAAAUAGCUCACUUUGGCUUUGGCAUUGGGCCAGGUCUGGUAGCCCUGAAAAUUGGGCCUGCCGUACUCAAAGUGGGUCAGAAAAUGGGCAAGUUGUCUGGUUAGUUUAUGAAGAAAGCAAAAACAGGUUAUGUUUAACGCGGGAAUAUUGACAACACGAAGUCUGAGUUUAAAUCUAGCUUUGAGGUAGUGCUUCUCUCAAUGUUUUGUGGCUUUAUAGGAUACUAGGUUGACCCCCUGAGGAACAAAAACACUCUUUACCCGUCUACUAUUGAGAGUCCUAAAUUCACCUCUUUCACCCUUUGCCCUAGCACUGCAGAUAUAGGGUCUACCCAUGUUUGAUCUGGCGAAGACAACUUGUUUUGUUUUGAGGGUGACAAUACACAUUAAUGUAUGGGUUACAACUUAAAAGUGUUCAUUUGUUGGAGGUGAAAAGAAGUCGAGGAUUGAAGUAUCAUAACUUCAGCAACUCCAAUAUUGACAUGUCUUCAAGUUUCAUGGGGUUUGGCAGUGUGAUCUGUAGUGACAGGUCCUUUGAUGUUACAGGAAAUGGUGAAGUUCCACUUAUUCAGAAUUACAUAAUGUGAGAAGGAAAUUUGGAGCACCUUAUACAUAUUCUAUUUAAACAUUUGAACUCUUCACCCCAGCUUUACCUAUACAGAGCCUGAUUAUCUACUGUUACCUUACUACCAGUUUAUUGAAGUUCUUAGCUGGAGUCAUUCUAUGACACUGAUCUAUCAGCACAAAAUACAGGGUCAUAUGAGAUGUGCAGGACUAUGAUGUCCUUGGAGUUUGGUGCUCAAAGCUUGUCAUCUUCAAUAAAAUUUAUUCUUUUAUUCUUUUAUGAUAAUCAUGCUUGAAUA